ACCAGCUGGGGGUGGUUGGUGGCAUUUUGCCGGAUCUGAUGAGUCCUCGGGGUAGGCGGCACAACAGGCACAGCCGGAGUUUCAGCCGCACCAGAGUGGCCAUUCACACUGUGAUACCUGCGUAUCUUGCCUCGUACCUACCUCCCCUUGUAUAUAGUGAUCACUGAACUACCGACGUCACAUACUGCAGGAGACGCCAUGGCAGAGGAUGCCCGUCACAACAUGGCCCAGUUCUGGGAAGAACACUCCCGAGAUGCCACAGUGGAAGAGAUGAUGCUGGACUCUAGUGCGGAGCUCAUAUCCCAAGAGGAGAAGCCAGAAAUUAUUUCUCUUCUGCCCUCCAUAGAUGGUCUGUCUGUGCUGGAGCUGGGAGCUGGUAUUGGUCGUUUCACAGGUAAUCUCGCUAAGCUAGCCAGUCAUGUGACUGCAGUGGACUUCAUGCAAAACUUUAUUGAGAAGAACCAGCAGGAUAACGGUUUUCGCGGGAACAUCACUUUCUUGCAAGCAGAUGUCACAAAGCUGACACUGCCCAGGCAGAGUUUUGACUUCAUCUUUUCCAACUGGCUGUUCAUGUACUUGACUGACAAAGAACUAGUGGAAGUGACGCAAAGGAUGCUGGGAUGGCUGCGUCCUGGGGGUUAUCUGUUCUUCAGGGAGUCUUGUUUCUUCCAGUCUGGUGAUGCUCAGCGGACAUUUAACCCCACGGUAUACCGCAGCCCCGCGCAGUAUAACCACCUUCUGACGUCUGUUAAAUCAACCUCAGGAGACCAAGGCUUUGAGAUAGUUAUGUCCAAGUCUGUGCAGACAUAUAUAAAGCUAAAGAAGAACCAAAACCAGGUGUGCUGGCUGAUGCAAAUGGUUCCUCGGGUUCCUGAAGCUAAUCAGGGUUAUGGGACUUUCCAGCAGUUCCUGGAUAACCAUCAAUAUUCCCGGAAAGGGAUCCUCAGAUAUGAGAAGAUAUUUGGUCAGGGAUUUGUUAGCACUGGAGGACUGGAAACCACUAAGGAAUUUAUCUCCAUGUUGAACCUUCUUUCUGGUCAGCGUGUAAUUGAUGUUGGCUGUGGCAUUGGAGGAGGAGACUUCUACAUGGCCAAGACGUAUGGGGUGGAAGUCCUAGGGAUGGACCUGUCGUCUAACAUGGUGGAAAUUGCCAUGGAAAGAGCCAUAGAUGAGAAGAAUCCUCUGGUCCAGUUUGAAAUUGGAGAUGCCACACGAAGGAUCUUCGCAGAAGCGUCAUUUGACGUUGUGUACAGCAGGGACACCAUCCUGCACAUCAGCGACAAGGGCGCCCUCUUCAGGAGAUUCUAUUCCUGGCUGAAGCCUGGAGGAAAGCUUCUGAUAACAGAUUACUGCUGUGGAGAACAUCCCUGGUCUCCAGACUUUCAGGAAUAUGUCAAGCAGAGAGGAUAUGUACUGUAUACACCAUCAGAGUAUGGGCAGCUCCUAGAGAAGGCCGGAUUUGUCAAUGUUCAAGCACAGGAUCGUACCAAGCAGUUUGUACAGGUUCUAAAUGCAGAACUUAAGAGGACCAAGGAGAUCAAAGAGGAAUUCCUACAGAGUUUCACUGAGGAAGAUUAUAACUAUAUCAUUAGUGGCUGGGAGGAGAAGCUGCACCGCUGCAGUCUGGGAGACCAGAGAUGGGGCCUAUUUUAUGCCGAGAAGCCACAUGAAAUAAUCUCAUAAUAUCAAACGGUCAGCUGUCAAUCAAAACCAGCAGAAAGGAGAUUUUGUACAAAUCAUUUUAUUGUAUGUGGCCAAUGCUGGUCUUACAUUGCUUUUUAAGCAGUGCAUCACCUAGUGGUCACUGUUUGUAGUACACCUAAUUGUUACAACAGCAUCUAGUGUUUAAUGUAUGUAUUACAGCAGUGUUGUACAACAGCGACCUCUAGAAGUCAUUGUGUAUAUUACAGCUUUAUUCAAGGGAUCAUACAGCAAACUGGACAUUUAUAUUACUGUAUGGUCAUUAAGCAGUGAUAAAUUACAGUCAGAGAAAACUGGGAUACAACCACUACUGAUUAUUUUUUUUAGUGGCAUGGAAGAUAUUUUCAGUGGAGACAAUGUAUAAUUUUAAAGUUCUAUAUUUUAAUUUUAUUAAGAUUAAUGAUUUAAUUACUGUAAAAUAGGAUUAUUUCUUCCUAAAUAAAAACAAAACAAAAACUAA